AUGUCCUUUCUCUCUAGGGUUCAUCAACAUAGUUUGCGUUCCAGUCUUUUAGGGACACGUCUUUCAAUAGCUAAUCCAUCUAUAUCAACUAUUCCACAUCUUUGUCGGUGGCAUUUCCUGUUCAAGUCAACUUCUCGCGCCCAAGCACUGCCGUCUACAUCCAAUGCUGCUCAUCACACGCGUUUAAAUGAGCUUGGUAUCAAAUCCGCCUGGCUAAAAAUUCGACAGCAAUCUGGCAGAAUAAGAACACCUUCACGAAGUCAUGGCUAUGGAGGAGGAGGAGGAAGCAAACGAAGUCCGUUUGAUUUUCUCGAUCGAAUUCCUGAAGACGUUGUGUUUUGGGGAAUCAUUGGGCUGAACGGAGCUGUUUUUAUCAUGUGGCAGUUAGCACAGAAGAGAUAUGAAAUCGAACGUGAUCCGAGAUCUUAUAUUUGGAUGCAAGAAAACUUUACCACCAGUUGGACGAACUUUAGCUCCGGUAGAAUAUGGACCGCUGCGACAGCCAUGUUCUCUCAUCAGGGAUUCCAGCAUAUCCUGUUUAACAUGUUCACUUUUUAUUUUCUCGCCCGACCUGUUCUCUCAAUUUUAGGGCCUCGGAGAUUCUUGAGUUUGUACAUCGGAGGAGGGCUCGUCUCCAGUUUCGGAAGCAUGUACUGGCACAACAAGAUCAAGCAUCGUGAUACCAGCUCUUUAGGCGCAAGCGGCGCCGUUUUCGCGGUCAAUGGUUUCCUUGCCUGUGUUGCUCCAAAGAUGAUAUUCCAAAUUUACGGUAUCAUCCCCGUGCCAGCAUGGUUAUUCGUCUCAGGCGUCUUCGUAUUCGAUGUGAUAUCCGCCAUGUCAGAUAAAAGGCGGGAAACAGACACUGCGGGGCAUGUAGCUGGUAUUUUGGCGGGAAUCGCGUACUAUCUGCUCAAGAGAUUUGGUCUUUGAUGUAUGCAGAGCAUCCUUUACAGACCUUCCACAUCACCCAGAACCAGAGAAUGGAGCCGCUGGGCGAUGAGCCAGGGUUACAACUAGCUGGUCGCCGCAGCACCCCGCGCCUUAGUACUUAGCCUUACUUACUUGUGAUUAAUGAAAAAUUCAAAAAAAAAGAUGUAUGCAGAACGUUCGAAAAGUUGU